GGCGCACCGACCAGGUCAACGACCCACGCCCCACGCCCCACGACCUCAAUCGACGUCAGGCCUCUGCCAUUUAUUAGUCGAAUCCGCUCCUGUAAGCAAUACUUUCCCCUACCCUUUGACGACACCUCCUUGCACACGUUAUUGUUAUUCAUUCUUGUUGACCCACCCCUUCUGACAACGACUCACGAUUCUGCAACUUGUACCCACACUACCGUCAUCUUCUUUGCCCCCUCCCCACUGUUGUCGCCUCUAACCCACCGACAAGGACCUUGUCUACUUUCCUUACCCUGCUUCUUCAAGCGUGUUCGUUCCUUUUUCUCGAAUGUCGCUCCCAAUCGAAUACACCAACGAACUCAAUACCCUCAAUCGUGAGAUACUGAAGCACCAGCCCUCCGACGUGCUCCAGUUCUGCGCCAAUUUUUUCAACCGACGACUCGAAUCUCAGCGCGCCGAAUUUCUCUUGCAGCACGGUCUGCCCAAAUCCGCAACCACGACAGGAGGAAUGGCUGAAAGCUCUUUUCCUGGAAGUAAUCCCUUUGGUGGCGCGCCCAAACGCGGCGGCGGCAUGGGCCGUGUGGUCGAAGAGGACGAGAACAAUGCUGGCUCCCCGACCGACCCUUCCUCUGCCCUGGGCGAGCAGGAUGCCGUAGGCAACCGUGACCGCUCUCCACCUGCUGCCCGCUCCGCCAAUGCCUCGUCCAAACUCUCAGAGGGUUUUCCAUCCAACUAUAGCAUGGGUCGUCGGACCUCGGUCUCGGCCGAGUCGUUGAACCCGACGGCAUCCACCAACGAUUGGACCCCUCCCUUCCACAACAAGACUCAAGAACAAUUGUCUCGCCUCAAGUCUGCUGUUGCAAGCAAUUUCCUCUUUGCGCACCUGGACGAGGAGCAAUCGGCCCAAGUCCUCGGCGCCCUUCAAGAGAAGCCCAUCCCUGCCAAGGACAUCAAGGUCAUCACCCAAGGUGACCAGGGUGACUUUUUCUAUGUUGUCGAGAAGGGCCAAUUUGACGUCUACGUCAACUCUGCAGGCGCACUGCAACCGGGUCCCGAUGGCAUGGGAAAGAAGGUGACAAGCAUUGGACCCGGUGGCUCCUUUGGUGAGCUGGCUCUAAUGUAUAAUGCUCCUCGCGCUGCCACGGUCAUCUCCACUGAAGCCCACUCCACGCUCUGGGCCCUCGAUCGGAUAACGUUUAGACGAAUUCUCAUGGACUCUGCCUUCCAACGUCGCCGAAUGUACGAGAGCUUCCUCGAAGAGGUCCCGCUGCUUUCCUCCCUCACACCGUAUGAGCGCUCCAAGAUUGCCGACGCGCUUGACGCACAAAAAUAUCCUCCGGGUAGCACCAUCAUCAAAGAAGGUGACCCCGGUGAGGCAUUCUACAUUAUCGAGAAUGGAGAAGCUGAGGUGUUCAAGCGGGGAACAGAGAAGGCGGUUCACAAGUACAAGAAAGGCGAUUACUUUGGUGAGCUUGCUCUGUUGAACGAUGCGCCGCGUGCCGCGAGCGUGAUCAGCAAGACUGAGGUCAAAGUGGCCACACUGGGUAAGGACGGCUUCCAGCGCUUGCUCGGUCCGGUUGAGGGCAUCAUGCGGAGAGAUGAUCCCAGCAAACAGGCCGCAGUCAUUGAGGAGUCGAUUGAUCCACUCACCAAGGAAGCACAAAGCUGAUUCGACUUGGUUUACCUUUGUGUUGACAUGGAAAUGAAAAUGACUGUCAAGAUUAAACAAGGUUUUCGCUGUUGUUCUGGGAAAUAACGAGAUGUCGCGGAGCGCUUCACGAUUAUGUUUUGCUUUUCGGGCGUUGGGUUUUUUACUUGUUACCUAGUAUUAUGAAUAUUGAUUGCCUCCUUGUGGGCAUUAUGUCCAAUGAGCAAGUCUUGUCGAUACGUAGUGGAAGAAUUCAUGACGAUACUGAGAGCACGAAUUUAUUGAAAAAGUACAAGACAAACAUUCUGUUUAAUUGACCUUCUGUCGAACAGCGCAAA